AUGAGUGUCGCAGAGAACACAGCAGCUGACGACGGCUUGGAGCACCAGCCUCAGCCUCCCCGAGAUCCGGCACUGGAUCCGGCUAACGAACACCACCACGCCCAUCACCACCACACGGCCUUUGCAGAGAAGGGUCUCGAAGACCAAGUUGUCUACAGCGUUGAUGUCAAAGGCCCCGAUCCCAAUUCGCUCGACCAUUCGUUCCCGGACAAGAACAGCAAGGAUAUUAGUGAUGUUGAGGACUUGGGCGAAGGCCACGCAAAGCGUCCAUGGCAACGUCGGAUGCUUAAGCAAUGGCGCCAUGCUGCGCAUAUCUUCGUCUGGCUUCUCUUUACCGGCUGGUGGAUUGCAGGUCUGAUCCUCCACCGCCACGAUCUCGGCUGGCUGAUCCCAUUUCUGCUCUACCUCGCCAUAACACUUCGGAUUAUAUUCUUUUAUGUCCCGAUUACCAUCGUGACAGUGCCGAUGCGCUGGGUAUGGGAUCACACUGCCUUGGUAGUAGUCCCACUCAUUCCCCAGAAGCUGAGGUUCCCCGCUGCCGGUCUUCUCGUAGUCUCUGUGAUUAUCAUUGGUUCUUUUGCUUCGCCCGAAUCGCCGCAGAAUACCCGUGUCGAUCGUGUUGUCAGUCUUGUCGGCCUUGGUGUUCUCAUUGCUGUCCUGUGGGCGACGUCCCGAAACCGAAAGAUGAUCAACUGGCAAGCUGUGAUUGUCGGCAUGCUGGUCCAAUUCCUUGUCGCCUUGUUUGUGCUUCGGACCGGCGCUGGCUACGAUAUUUUCAACUUCAUUUCUGGCCUGGCCACCGAUCUUUUGGGGUUUGCUACCCAGGGUGUUGAGUUCCUCACCGAGAACCCGGUUCCUGCUUCCAUCAGCAGCUGGUUUUUGGUCACUGUCAUCCCUGCGAUUAUCUUUUUCGUUUCGUUUGUGCAGUUACUUUACCACUUUGGUAUUCUACAGUGGUUUAUCGGAAAAUUUGCCAGCUUCUUCUUCUUCACGAUGAAAGUGUCCGGUGCUGAGGCCGUUGUCGCCGCCGCUUCGCCGUUUAUCGGCCAGGGAGAAUCUGCCAUGUUGAUUCGCCCGUUCAUUGCUCACUUGACCCUGGCAGAAAUACACCAGGCCAUGUGCUCCGGAUUCGCCACAAUUGCCGGCAGUGUGUUGAUUGCCUAUAUUUCACUAGGUGUGAAUCCUCAAGCCUUGGUGUCAUCGUGCGUGAUGAGUAUCCCCGCCUCUUUGGCCGUCUCCAAAUUACGCUGGCCCGAAACCGAAGAAACAUUGACAUCUGGCCGCGUUGUCAUACCCGAGGACGAUGAGGGCCACCACUCCGCGAACGCCCUCGAAGCAUUCACCAACGGUGCCUGGUUGGGCUUGAAGAUCGCCGGCAUGAUUGGCGCUACCCUUCUCUGCAUUAUCUCCUUGAUCGGUCUCAUCAACGGACUGCUUACCUGGUGGGGCCAUUAUCUCAACAUCAACAAAGACGACGGGUUGACCCUACAAAUGAUUCUGGGAUACGUCUGCUACCCGAUUGCUUUCUUAUUGGGGGUUUCGCGCGAGGGCAACGACAUUUACCACGUCGCCCAGCUAAUUGGGCUGAAGAUCAUUGCGAACGAGUUCGUUGCUUACAAGGCGCUUGUAACUGACCCGGCCUAUGCCGACCUCUCCUCUCGCUCCCGCCUGAUCGUCACGUACGCGCUGUGUGGAUUUGCCAACAUCGGCUCUCUAGGUAACCAAAUCGGUGUGCUCGCCCAGAUUGCGCCUGGCCGAAGCAGCGACAUUGCGCGCGUCGCCGUUUCUGCUUUGAUCACCGGUGCUUUAAGCACAUUUACCAGUGCUAGUAUGGCGGGUUUGGUCAUUAUUGACGAGUAG